AUGGCCUCCACACCGAUAGCCGGCGUGCCUUCUCCGCGCAACGACGACGACGCCAUGGAUCACGCCGACAUCCAAGACGUGCCCGCCCUCGCAUCUCCCUUACCCGCACCGCAGCACGCAGCACCGGAACCCCACGCCGCCAUCCAGGUGGCAACCGCAGCCCACCUCUCCCACCCCAUCCCCGGCCUCGCCGCGCUCCCUUCAUCCUCCUCCUCCCGGCGCGCAAAACCAAGCCUGCUCGGCUCAGACGGCUUCGGCAAACUCGGCGCGCAGCUGUGGGCGCAGCGUGAGGAGAGCGUCGUGCGCAAUCGUCAGGGCAGCGUGCUCACCCGUGGUCUCAUCCUCAAAACCGACCAUUUCGCAGGCGGCGCCCGCCAUGCUCAUCUCAACCUCCACCUUCAGGGCGCACCCAACUUCCGCAAGGCCGAUUGCUCGCUAGAAGUGUAUGGUGUCGCCCAGCCCACCAUCACCGGUCUCAAGACCAUCCUCUCCGUCUUAAAUGCACGCCCCACCAAGGACGGCUCCCACUCUCAGAGCUUCGACUCGCGUCUCUCCGGUCUUGGCUCCUCGGGCGCCGCAUCUCACUCUUCCCCGCAACUCUCCGACCCCUUGUCUUCGCCACCCUUGUCCGCCAGGAACAACGAACGAAAGGCUUCCGCACGAUUCGACAAGUCGCGCAGAUGCGUAUGGGUCUGCACCAGGGAGGAGCCCGUCGUCUAUGUCGGCGGUCGCCCCUUCGUGCUCCGCGAAGCUGAACGCCCAGUCACCACUUUCGGCCUCAGCAUGCGCGCCGACAACCUCGAGGCCAUCGAAGCGCGUCUCAAGCAAGACAUCCUGCGAGAGUCUUCCAAGUACGGCGGUCUCGUCAUGGUCCAUGAAGAAACCGCCACGGGUCAGAUCGAGCCCACCUGGAUUGCCGUCGAUGACGCCUCGGUGCACACUGUCCGCGAGGUCUGGGAUCGCGUCAAGUCCGAGGGCUGGAAGGUCGACUACCACCGCAUUCCUAUCGCAGAAGACCAAGCCAUCGAGAACAACUACCUCGACGCCUACACCCAGGUCAUCAAGGACCUCGACCCCACAGAGACAAGCCUCGUCGCCAACUGCGGCAUCGGCUUCACCCGUACCACCUUUGCCAUGGUCGCCGCCGUCAUCCUCCGCAGAAAGCAAAUGCUCUUGCUAGGAUACGACGAUCCCUUUGCCAACCUUUCCGAGCAGCAGAAAUCGCCGCUCCAGACACCCGCCAAUGGCACGCCCCACUCGGGCGUCGCGCGAUCCCUGCGCCAGGCCAGCGAGCAGCAGGUCCAGAACCUCUCGCUCCUACGACUCAUCCGUGUCCUCAACGUCAGCCUCUCUACCCGCGACUCCCAGUCCACCAUCGAGAUUCUGCUCUCCAAUCCUGCGCUCCUCGAGUCGCUCCGCAAGGCCAAUUCGGGCGACUAUGGCGUCAUCCGCCAACUCGCCGGUCUCCUCGACGAGGGUCUCGAGAACAAGGCCGUCGUCGACGUCGCCAUCGACUCUUGCGCUCACGUCACCAACCUUCGCGAGACCAUCCUCUCCUCGCGCAUUCGGUACUCCACCGAUGCACUCGACGAGGCUCAAGCGGCGCUCCAUCUCGAAAAGGCUGCCAAGUCGCUGGAAAAGUACUUUUUCCUCGUCGCCUUUGCUAGCUACGUCAAUGCGAGCAAGACCGCCACCUUCCAGCAUCGAUUCGCCAACUGGCUCAAGAACCGCGCCGAGAUCUGGCGUGGCAUCCAGCUCAUCCGCUCCAAAGGCAGACGCCUCUACUUCUUCGACCCGGUCGGUGAUCUGCGCAUCCUCUCCGGAGGCAAGGCGGGUGAGCUGGUCGCCACCUCGGAGAAGCUCCAGGACCGCUUCGGUGAGGUCUCCGGUCAGGGCGCCCAGGUGCCCGGUGACGAGUUCGCCGACUACGUCAUCCGCAACCGCGCCGGUAUCGUACUGCGGCCGUUUACGCUCCUCAAAUGUGACAUCUGGCGCAAGUUCAUCGAGAGGAACGCCGGCCUGCCCAUCCGCGGCACCGUCAACUUCCGCCGCAUCCCGGGCAGCAACAUUUUUGCCACCGGUCAGCCCACCGUCGACGGCAUCCGCAAUGUCGUCGCGGCGCUGCACGAGCACUAUGCAUCGAGGUCCGACGCCGACAGCUACCCUACGCGCACCGUCACCUGGAUCAACUUGCGUGAAGAGCCGAUUGUGUACGUCAAUGGCAAGCCCUACUGUCUGCGUCAGAAGGGCAUGUCGCUGCGCAACAUCAAGGCGUACAGCGGCAUCAACUGGGACCGCCUGCUUCUGCUCGAGGACCGCCUCAAAAACGACGUGAUCAACGAGCUCGAGGCGGGCGAGGGGCGGCUGCUGCUUCACACCGAGACAUCCGACGGCACCGUGAUCCCCAUCUGGGAAGAGGCGGCUCCUACUGACGUAGAUACGAUCCAAGAGAUCAUGGCCAAUAUCGGUGCCGACUUCAAGCACAAGCUGCAGCUCCGAUUCCGAAGGAUCCCCAUGACCGCGGAGAAGCCGCCCGACUUUUCCGACAUCAGCGAGCUCCUCUCCACCGUGCUGCAGGCCAACAUCGAGGGUCAGCCCAUCGUUCUCAACUGCCAGCUGGGCCGAGGUCGCAGCACGAUGACCGCGGUGCUCAUCCUCAUGAUCGCGCGUUGGUUAAGGCAGGGUCAGACCAAGCGAUCCGAGUCCAGGUUGCAGGAGGUGCACGAUGACGAUGACACCUCAAGACGCAAUGCGCAGCAGGGUGGCCGCGACGGGCUGCGUAUCUCUGCUGCAGGGCAGGAGAGCGGCGCGGAGACUCCGUAUGCGCAUGAGACCAUCAAUCCGGAUUUGCUGGACGACACCAUCGCCACCAGCCCGGCUGCCGACGGCAGGCCCGCCAAGCGUGCGCCGCUGAGCUAUCACGUAAUCAACAGCCUGCUGCGAGUGAUCCCCAAGGGUUUGGAGGUCAAGCGCAUGGUGGAUGACUGCAUUGACCAGUGCGCUACGGUGACGAACCUGCGCGAAGCCAUCGAGGACGCGCGACUGGCGGCAGAGGACACCGAGGACGAGGCUCUGCGCAAGAAGCACAUCCAGGGCGCCAUCCACAACCUGCGCCGAUACUUUUUGCUCAUCAUCUUCCAGUCGUAUCUCACGCAGACGCGGCCGGACCUGCUCGAGGCGGCGCCGAGCUUCCGCUCGUUUGUGACGCGCCAGCCGGUGUUCGAGACCAUCUCGAAGGAGUUUGACAAGAUCGACAUCUCGACCAUCAUGCCGCUGCAGAAGGUGGAUGCGAGCGACGGCAUGGCGCUCUCGGACGAGGUGCAGGAGGUGGUGUCGCACCGCUCGGGCAGCAUCCUCUCGGCCUACACCAUGCUCAAGUCCGACUUCUUCAGCGGCAUUCUCAAGCUCGGUCUGCCGGAGCGCAUUGAAGGCAUGCCGAACCUGCGUGGUGUUCCGCUGCUGUUAACACCGCCGACGCCGUCGAAUGGUCAGAAUGCGUCGUCGGCGCCGAUGACGCCCAAGACGCCGCUCGUGACGCACGGGCGCGAGACGUGGGGGUCGGGUAUGCCCACUGUCGAGGGCCUGCGUCGUGGACUGACGCGCAUGGGUGCUGGGCCCAACGGACCGGCCAAGGUGGUGUGGACGUCGCUGCGCGAAGAGCCGGUGCUGUACGUCAACGGCCGUCCGCACGUGCUGCGACUGGCGGACCAGCCGAUUACGAACAUCGAGGCGACGGGCGUGACGACGGAUGUGGUCGAGGGCAUGGAGGUGGCGCUGAAGAACGACAUGCUCAAGGAGGCGGCCGAGCGCGGCGGGCGCGUGCUGCUGCACGACGAGACCGAGAUCCGGCAGGGCGAGUUCGACAUCAUCCCCGUGUGGGAGACGGUCAAGGAGGGCGACGUGCUCACGCCGCGGGAGGUGUACGAGCUCGUGCAGCGCGAGGGCUUCAAGGUCGACUAUGCGCGUCUGGCCAUUACGGACGAGCAGGCGCCCGUGCCCGCCGUCUUCUCGCAGCUCGAGGAGCGCGUCAUCACCGCACUGCAGACCGGAUCCGCAUGCGUCUUCAACUGUCAGAUGGGUCGAGGACGCACGACGACGGGCAUGGUGAUUGCGUCGCUCGUGUCGACGGUCUGGCACUAUGGCGAGCAGCUCGUUUCGGGCUACGAGAUGAGCGGCUCGCUUGUGCUGGCUGCAUCGGCGUCGAUGGACGAUGCGGCGGGCACGCUGGUCAAUGCCGAGGACGAGGCGUUCGGACAGCCCAAGGACGCGCUCGACAACCGCGAAGAUAACCUGUGGCUGCAGGGCGAGUGGCGCACGAUCUUGCAGCUGGUCGGCGUGCUGAGCCACGGCAAGCUGGCCAAGAAGCUCACGGACCGCGCCAUCGACCGCAUGGAGGCGGUGCAGAAUCUGCGCAAGGCGAUCUACGACUCGAAGCUGCGUGCGGACAAUGCCGAGAUGGGCACCAAGAAGCACAAGCAUCUGUCGGGCGUGUUUGCCAACUACCUGCAGCGGUAUGGGUAUCUGAUCACUUUCGCCAACUAUUUGCUCGAAAAGAGCGAGGCGGAUGGGUUCAUUCCGCUGCUCCCACCGCUUGGGGGUGGUGGACCCGCCAUUGCGAUUGAUGCGAGUGCGGAGGAGGCGUCGUCGGUGGCUAGACAGAGGUCCGAGUCGGUCUCGUCGCAGCAUUCGAGCUCGACUGUGUUUACGAAUGCGGACGGAGCGAGGCGGUUCCCCUCGUUCUUGGGAUGGUUGCAGCCCAGACGUGAAAUCGGCAACAUCCUCGGACGUGACCGCCUCGAGUAG